CUCCAGAGGCUAUGGCGCUUCCUGAACGGCUGCUAACGCUAGCUGCCUCCGCAUCUGUCUUCUGCCUCCUAUGUGUAUGUUUUCGCUUCAGACGCACAGGACAAGCGAUUUGGAGGAAAUUACUGAGUAAAAUAAUGGCACGAACAGAGAAACCGCUGUUUCGAAUUGCGUACACGCUUUAUACCAGGACCAGACUGGGUUACAUGUACUACAAGAGGCAGAUGAGGAAAGCACGAGAGCAUUACCCUGCUGGACACUCCACAGCUCAGCCCGUGGAGUUCAAUGGCAUCAAAAUUAUUCCAAUCUCUGUGCUGUCCGAUAACUACAGCUAUCUCAUAGUCGACACAGCCUCCAGUGUUGCCGUGGUUGUGGACCCUGCAGAUCCUCAGUCAGUUCAGGCAGUCCUUGAGGAAGAGGGAGUGAUGUUAGAGGCUAUACUCUGCACACACAAGCACUGGGAUCACAGUGGAGGAAACAAAGGCCUGAAAAGGCUUCACAGCUCGUGCAGAGUUUAUGGAAAUGCAGCUGAUAACAUUCCAGGCCUCACACAUCCUCUGUCUCACAGGGACUCUGUAAACAUCGGUCGGAUGACCUUUAAGGCCCUCUUCACCCCUGGACACACGGUGGGUCACAUGAUCUACCUCCUGGACGGCCGAGCGGUCGGGGCGCCCUCCAGCCUCUUCUCUGGUGACCUCGUGUUCCUGUCAGGCUGUGGGAGGAUGUUUGAAGGCAGCGCCACCACAAUGCUGUCAUCUCUGGACACCGUGGGCUCUUUAAGUGAUGAUACUCUGCUAUGGCCCGGUCAUGAGUACGCUGAAGACAACCUGCUGUUUGCUGCUGAAGUGGAGCCACACAACGCUGCCAGGGAAAACAAAUACCAGUGGGUGCUGCAGCAGCGGGGCCAGAAGCUGUGCACGAGUCCUUCUACUAUUGGCGAAGAGAAGGAGUACAAUCCGUUCCUGCGGAGCCACUCUGCUGAGCUCCAUCUGGCCCUGGGCCUCCAGCAGUUCCAGGAUGAGGACUGGACCCGCUUCAGGGCUCGGGUACUGGAGGAGCUGCGAAAGCGUAAGGACCUCUACAACAGGAGAUAGUACUACCAGGAUGAAGACCAGACCACAUCCACUGAACU